AUGUUCAGUUUGGCGUCGAGAGCUUGGGCCACUUCAGGUUCGUUUCACCUUCAAGGGUUAGGUACUAGUCAUGGGUUCCACCAGCUAAUAUUCAGCGACAAUGACUUCUCACUGUUCCUCAGCACCCUCCUCGGUAGGCUGCUGCUCUUCUGCCGGCUGCUCAGCUUCCUCUGCAGGCUGCUCUUCCUGGGCCGGUUCUUCUUCAGCAGCAGGCUGCUCCGUCUCCUGCCCAUCCCCCUCAGGCGGGAUCGGCUCACCAUCAUCAACCUCCUCCUCAAUAUCCUCAGCACUCGGAUCCAAACCAUCGCCAUCCGGAAACGUCAAGUACAUGCAACCAACCGGCGUCUCCCUCUUGACAUCCCCACCAUGGGCACCCCGCUCGAUGUUGGGCUGCGUCUUCCACUCGCCUUUGAAGUGCUUCUUGUCGCGGCCGUAGUCGGCGACGAUGAGGAUGUUGCAGCCGGGAGCUACCUCGUGGACGGCAUCGAUGGCCUUGGCGAUCAUGGUCUCGCGGACGGCGAACUCGUUUUGGUCGCUGAGAGCCUCGGCGGCUGCCGCGCGCUUGAUCCUGAUGGCGGAGCCUUGGAUUUCUUCGACGGCACCGACGGCACCCUUGACGGCAUCGACGACUUUGUUGAAGAGUUCAACUCCGCCUUGUGUGGCUGGGUUAACCAAUCAACCCGGAUCAAUUCAUCUUACAAGCUCACUGUCUAUCUCCACGCCGCCAUCGCCACAUCUUCCGUCAUCUCUACCCUGGUAUUAUGGGGUGGUUUGAAGCUUCAAUGCGCUAGACGUCUCACAUCAGACGCUUCGCUUGACCUUGUGCCACAGCCUCACGUUUCUCGCCGGCUGAAGAUGUACGACCACUACAGUUACCGCCGGAUGAUGAAAGAAGCCUCGCAGACGACCCCGCGCGACUCGGCCUCCUAA